AUGUUACUGCAGUUGGAGAGGUAUCAGCGAGAGUGGCGAGAGCUGGAAGAGGAAUUUCAGCAGCUCCAGGAAACUCACAAGGUCUAUAGACAGAAACUUGAAGAACUCAAUAACUUGCAGACUGCAUGCAGCAGCUCCAUUCGUAAACAGAAGAGGAAAUUAAAAGACUUGAAAUACAGCCUCCAACGGUGCAAACACAUGUCUAGUCCUGAAGAAUCUGAUCUCAUACAGCAAAUUAACACCCAGAUCAAAGACAGGCAAAACGUUUUCUUUGACAUGGAAGCCUAUUUACCAAAGAGAAAUGGGUUGUACUUAAAUCUGGUGCUGGGAAAUGUGAAUGUAACUCUUCUAAGUAAUCAGGCAAAGUUUGCCUACAAAGAUGAAUAUGAAAAGUUUAAACUUUAUUUGACAAUAAUCUUGUUACUUGGUGCUGUAGCAUGCAGGUUUAUUCUUCAUUACAGGGUGACAGAUGAAGUGUUUAACUUCCUGUUGGUGUGGUAUUACUGCACAUUGACAAUAAGGGAAAGCAUUCUCAUCAGCAAUGGAUCAAGGAUUAAGGGCUGGUGGGUGUCUCAUCAUUAUGUCUCCACAUUUCUAUCUGGAGUAAUGUUAACAUGGCCAGAUGGACUCAUGUAUCAAAUGUUUCGCAAUCAAUUUUUAGCGUUUUCAAUUUUUCAGAGCUGUGUACAGUUCCUACAAUAUUAUUAUCAAAGUGGCUGCCUUUACAGACUCCGUGCAUUAGGGAAAAGAAACCACUUGGAUCUUACAGUAGAAGGAUUUCAGUCUUGGAUGUGGCGAGGGCUGACCUUUCUUCUUCCCUUCCUGUUCUUUGGGCAUUUUUGGCAGCUCUAUAAUGCAAUCACACUUUUUGAACUGUCUAGGCAUACGGAAUGCAAAGAAUGGCAGGUUUUUGUACUGGCUCUCACAUUUCUGCUGCUCUUCCUUGGAAACUUUCUUACUACUUUAAAAGUGGUGCACACUAAGCUUCAGAAAAACAAAGACGAAAUGAAGAAACUGUGA